AUGGCUUUAACAUUACCCAAAUCGAACUUCCAUCAAUCCACCACCUCUGCCUCUGCUGACCGCCCAGGCUCAGCUGGCGCUGCACAUGGAGCCGUGCCGCAUGAGCAUACUGGAUUCGCCAGCCAAGAGCCCGACGACUUCACGCAUCCGGACCAUGUAACCCCAGCCCCAAGCUACGAGGGCGUAGAAAACCUGGUCAUUGUCUGCUGCCAUGCCAUCUUCCACCCGGAUGCCGCUUCUCCCGGCUUUCCGCUGUACAGCCCGUACGACGAGAACAACUGGCAUCUUGCCCCCUUCCAGAAGUCGAACAAAGAGACGGGCAAGCCAGGCGAGCACGAGACUUUCAUCGCGCAUAUCGUAGCGGGCAUCGAUGCCUUAAAAAGUGCCCCAGGAACAGACAAAAGCCUUCUCCCCAACAGUCUUCUAGUACUAAGCGGCGGACCUACGAAGAAAUCACUCACCCCCUUGAGCGAGGCCCGCUCGUACUACCACGCCGCCCUAGCACAUGAACUUGCUGAGGGGCACUACGGCGGCGGUCGAGCACGUAUGCUCUUCGAUAAAGGACGGAUCCUUCUCGAGGAGCAUGCCACGGACUCGUUUCAAAACUUACUCUUUAGUAUCUUACUCUUCCGGCGAACGACGGGAGUAUACCCCAAGCAUAUCCGGAUCGUUACGCACGCAUUCAAGGCGAAAAGGUUUUUGGACCUUCAUGCGCCAGCUAUCAAAUGGCCAGCCGACCGCGUCCAGGCACAAGGCAUCGAUCCGAUCAUGUCGAGAACGGAGCUCGAUGAGACUGUGCUGGGCGAGGAGAAGUACGGAUUUGCGCCGUGGUUGCAUGAUCCUUUGGGCACAGGGGAACUAUUGAGCGAGAAGAGAAAGCGGCGCGGUUGGGAUGAGACUGCGACGCAAGAGCUUGGGGAGGGUUUGGAGGAGAGCGUCAAAGAGUUGCUAAAGGGAAAGGUCCCCGAUAUUCUACCCUGGAGCGGUCCGCAACCAGCGCCACGGGAGAGCGUAAAGUCAACGGCCAUACGCUGA